AUGCCUAAACUUAUCUUCUCGGGACUUUUCCUCGCCUUAGGGCUAUCUGUUGCAGCCCCUGCCCCAGCCCCAGUUCCAGGGACUGAUGGAGUAGCCGCCAACACGAAGUAUCUCAUCACAUUUGGCGACUCUUAUACUGCAACGGGUUUCAAUAUCGAUGGAACUUAUCCUUCGCUCGCAAAUCCCCUCGGAAACCCAGCAUUUCCGGGCCAGACGACCGACGGAGGCGAGAAUUGGAUCGGAUUUUUGGUUUCUCAGUACAACACCUCUCUGACGUUGUCCUUUAAUUUUGCUGUGGCUGGAGCAACCACGAACCACACUAUUGUUGCUCCCGCGAACCCUUCUAUUCCUGAUCUUGGUCAACAAGUCAGUCUCUUCUGGAACAGCAUUGCUUUCAAUCGAGCAUCCGUACCCUGGGACAGCCAAAAUACUCUAGCCGGUAUAUGGAUGGGAAUCAACGACUUGGGAGGAAUUUAUGGGCAGCCUAAUCUAGACGAGCUCCUCGCAGAAAUCAUGAGCAGUUACUUUGCCCAGUUGUCUAUCCUAUACAUUGCAGGGCUUAGAAGAUUCAUCUUGCUUGCAGUCCCUCCCAUGCAGCGUACUCCCGUUUUUAUCGACCGAGGGAGCGAAGCUAUUAGUCAAGAGGCCGCUGCGAUUUCGAAAUACAACUCUCUACUCCUGGCUCAUCUUGACGACUUCAAGUCGUCUCACACCGACGCGAGCUUUAAAUUCCUUGACACACAACAGCCGUUCAACCAGGGACUCAAUAACCCAACCGCCUACGGUGCACCAGAUGCAACAUGUGUCAAUUGGGAUGGACUUUCCUGCCUUUGGCGCGAUCCCUAUCACCCAGGCGUGGCGCUUCAGAAUCUCAACGCGCAGUACGUCAGGGAUCAACUUUCGGGCUGGUUCUAA